GAGGAAGCUGCACCUGCCGUCACACUGAGACGCAGCAAACCUUUCAGUGUCACAUCUGAGGAAAACAGUGGAAACCUACCUAACGAGAAAGAUGAUGGGCACGACAAGACAUCUCGUUACUCACCUGCUGACGUUUUCACUCCAGAACGGUGAUGUCCACAGUGUGGAGGAGGCCCAGACGCGCCUCUCCUUCCUGGCUAAGAAUAACAAGCUGUGGAGUCAAAAGAUGUUCCUUGAAGUUGGGAAGGACUCCAUUCUCCUCCGAGACAUACAGAGUCAGGAUGAGCUGGAGAAAUAUACCUUUGAGGACAUCUUCCGCUGCGAGGCCAUCAACACGGAGAAACACUUCCCAUCCCUCCUGCUGUUGGUCUGCCAAGGCGCCGAUCAAAAGAAACCCGACAUUCACUUCUUCAACUGUGAAACCGUGAAGGCAGAGAAAAUAUGUGAUGACAUCGCACUGGCUGUCUCGAGUGCCUCCAUCAGGAGCAAGAAGGCGCACGAUAAUCUCAGGCCUUCUCAGAGCGAAGAGGAGAUGCUCGAAUCGUUCGAGAUACCCAACCCACCCUUCCCACAUGCUCCAAACCCCCCUCCGGUCAACCCUCCACCUUACCCCGGGCUCAGAGCAAACGGACUGAGCAGCGGUUCUGAUCUUUCUUUCCUGCGAGCGGAGAGAGAAGUGGGGAUCCUCAAUCACUGCUUCGACGACAUUGAGAGCUUCAUGGGCAAGCUGCAGCAAAUUGCAGAUGCUGCGACGGUGCUGAACCAGAAGAAGAAAAAGAAGAGGAAAAGCAAAAAACAAACAGCUGAAGAUAAUUUACUCGCUGAAAAAGCCCAGCCCCCACAGGAGGAGGAAUUCAUUGAUAUCUUCCAGAAAUUCAAAUACUGUUUCUGCCUUUUGGCUCGUCUGAAAUCCACCAUCGCCGCCCCUUCGUCAGAGGAGCUUGUUCAUUAUGUGUUCAAACCUCUUGAUAUGAUGGUAAGAACAACGGGAGGACCGGCUCUCGCAGCUUCAGUAUCCAGUCCCGCCAUGACCACCUCUGCCGUUUCUCUGCUGCAAGACACCCUGACUGAUGAGGAACGAGAGCUGUGGACGGCUCUGGGGUCCAACUGGACGCUGUCUCGCUCUCAGCUCAGGAGGCCCGUCGCUCCGUACACACCUGUGUUUUUAGACGGAUGGAAGCCGGAAGCCUCGAGUCCAGACGGACAGGUUUGGGAGGACCCGGUGGAGUCACAGCACAAGUAUGAAGCCCUCCAAGUAAAACAAGAGAGGCAACACCACCAUCAGUCACUCGGACCUUCCGAUAUCUACACCAACAAUGAAUCAGAAUCGCUCCCCCUUGAGGCCGAGAGAAUCUACAGCUGCAGCUAUGACUUCAUAGCCAGAAACAGCAGUGAGCUUUCUGUGCAGCAGGGAGAGACUCUGGAGGUGAUCGAGUCAUCAAAGCGCUGGUGGAAGUGUCGUAAUCGUUUCAAUCAGAUUGGCUUUGUGCCCUUCAACAUCCUGGAACCUGCGGCUCACGUAGAGAGCCCCGUCAGCAGCAGACCCCCCAAUGCUCCAGCAGCACCCCCACUCCCCAAGACUCUGUCUGGAGUCCCACCAAGCCCCCCUGUUCUGUCCCUCACUCCUUCCCACUCUCCACAACGCCCUCACAGCUUACCACCAUACUCUCAACAUGCACCAGUUUCAGAAGAAGCAGAAAGAGUUGUGAUGGUGAACGACGAGCUGCUCCAGAGGCUGACCAAUGGAAAGGCCAGUCUGGGCAAACCCCUCGUCAUCCAUCGUUCUUCAGAGACCACCGUGCCUCUGGACUACCACUCUCCUCCAGAGGAGGUGGCCGAGUGGCUCAGAGGGAAGGGAUUCAGUGAACCGUCGGUGUUAUGUUUGGGGGUGCUGACAGGAGCUCAGCUCUUCUCGCUCAACAAGGACGAGCUGCGAGCUGUGAUUCCAGAGGAAGGUGCCAGAGUGUACAGUCAGCUCACGGUGCAGAAAGCACUGCUAGAGGACGCUAGGCGAGCCACAGAGUUGGAGGCGGUCAUGGAGAAACAGAAAAUGAAGGUGGAUCUGAAGCUGGAGAGCAGCACAUUGUGAUCUGCAACACCAGAGUCAGAUGGAUUCAUUUGCCGCUUCAAGCCGUCACUGAGGAACGAACUGUUAUUUGUAUUUAUCAGAGGAAUGUGUGAGAUGAUGCAUAUUUUGUUUAUGAACAUGUCAUAGUGUUUAUUCUGAUGGAAUCACAUCUAGGGUUGAGAAACAUGCAAGUUAAGUUUGCAAGCAGGUGCUGCGCUAAAUAAAUAUUUA